GUGCCUCUGCGCAUUAAGGGGGAUUAAACACAAAGACCAGAUAUAAUAAAGAGGACAAGUGGUGUAACAGGAUCAAUGGCUGAAGAGAAACCUCCCACAGAGCAGCACGAGCUGCUGAUAGUGGUGCUAGGUGAACACCAGUCAGGCAAGACCUCCGUCAUCGACCGGUUGCUGGGUCUCGAUGAGUCCUCCUUGCCCCGCAAGAGAACGCUGUUCUUCAAACGCAGAGAGGGUCAGGCCGGCGGUCGUAAGGUGGUCAUGGUGGACACGCCAGGUUGGUGGAGAAGCUAUCCACUGAUGGACAUGGCCGAGAUCAUGAAACUCAAGCUGGUGCUGAGCCUGCCCCGUCCGCCUUGCGGACCCCAUGCCUUCCUCCUCACCAUCGUGAUCGAUGAGUCGUUUGACGAAAAGAACAGGAAAUCUGUGGAGGAGCACCUCGAACUGUUUGGAGACAGCGUGUGGGAGCACACCAUAGUGAUGUUCACCAGAGGGGAGAGUCUGGAGGGUAAAACCAUAGAGCAGCACAUUGAGAGUGAGGGAAAGGCCCUGCAGUGUCUAUUGGAGAAAUGUGGGAACCAGUAUUGCAUCUUUGACAACCAAGCCAGGGAUCAAAGCAAUGUAAUUCAGCUUCUUGAGAAGGUGGACAGUGUUUUGCUGAGGAACAGUGGCAGACAAUUUGAGCUGAAUGAGAACAUCUUUAAGGAGGCCGAUGAGAAAAGGACAGCCAUCAAGGAGAGGUCCCAAACCAGACUCUUAAGGAUGACUGAACACAACAAAAAAAAUUGUAGAGACCAGAGCCUGCCCAUGACAGAGAUUCGGAUUCUUUUGGUUGGCUGGGUGUAGCUCCAGAAAAACGUCUUCCCAAAAC